CCGCCACCUGCCUCAGGGUACCUCGACUCUCACCUGCAUGCAUUCCCGCACACCUGUAUAUACUGAAGACUGCAAUUACUCGACGGAGCUUUAAUGACGUGCACAUAACAAGAUUAAAGAAGCCGCGUGGAGGACGGGAGCAAGUCUUGUGUCACACUUCGAAGGACAAGACCGUUCCAGCGACUCAAAGGAGAACGUCUUAAUCAAUCCCGCAUGGCAGUGUGGCGGCGGACGCGCACUGCACCUCAAUAUUGCAAGCGGCAGGGUCUCGGCGGCUCAAGGCAGCGGGAUAUAUAGGACCUUUCCCUCCCUCUUCAAUCACUCUUGUUUGCGCUCGGCUCCGGGCAACGUAUGGCUUCACCUCGCUGCUCUUCUCUCUCCUCACGCUCUUCUCUGCCGCCUCAGGAUGGGUGAGAAGACAAUGGUUUGUUGCCUCGUUUUGAUCCUUCUCGAGAGCUCUGCCCUGGGGAGCUUCGCGCGAGUCGUUGCCGAGGGCGAGGGUGCUACUAGGGAGGAUCUGGCGAGUGUGAUGUUUCUGCUGGCCGCCAGAUACACGCCCAAGUGCCUGUGGGUGGUGGUGAGCGAGGAGGGGCUGCAGCAGCGUCCCUGGAGCCACACACACCUCACCCUCGACCCCAGCACCGGCGAGGCCUCGGCGACCAUCGACUACAUCAACAAGAACACGGAGCGAGUCAUGCUGUUCGCCUGCAUCACCUUCCUCAUGACGCGUCCCCCUGAGCCCAGCCUGUACCCGGUCCUCACAGACGCCUCCAACACGCAGCUCACGCGCUACUUCAUCGCCCGCUUCCCCAACGAGAUCGCGGCUGAAGACUUCCUCCUGGACGAGCGACUGGUAUACGAAGAGAACGUGGUGGCUUUAGUGGAGCACGGCGGCGCCAACACCACCGUCGAGGUCUUGACCCGCCAGCUCUUCCACCCGUCAGGCUCAGCGCAGAUCCACCCCGUCACCAGGUGGGUCAAGGGCAAGGGAUUCACCAACGACCGCGACGUCUUCCCGCAGCAGAUGAGCAACUUUUACGGGACGAAGCUAAGGGGGGUGACGCUGGACUUCCGCCCCUUCACCGACUACGAGAAGGUGAAGGACUCGAGGGUGGUGAUCCCGAAGCCUUCCCUUGACGUGUUCAUCCUCGAGGUGAUCGCCGACAAGCUCAACUUUACCUACGAGCUGGUGAUGCCCGAGGACGGCCUGUGGGGAUACAUGCGCGAGGACGGCCACUGGGUCGGUGUGGUCGGUGACGUUGAGUUCCGCCGUGCCAAUUUCUCCCUCGUCCUGUCCCUCACGCUGGAACGGCUCCUCAGCGUUGACUUCACGAGGGUUUACUACAACGACCCGCUCAGCUUCGUCACCGCCAAGAGCCGCCCAGACCCGCUGUGGCUAAAACUGAUCAAGCCCUUUAGCAGCGGGGUGUGGAUUCUCGCCCUGCUGUCCAUCGUGGGCUCGGUGUUCCUCUACUACAUCAUCUUCCGCAUACAGACCGUCCUCGGCACCUCAGGCAUGGCACCCUCGCGAGCCUUCAUCCACGUCUUCGGCUCCUUCCUCGGCCAGUCCCUCUUCACCAUCCCCUGGCUCUCCGCUGGCCGGGUGUUCCUCGGGUUCUGGGUGCUGUACGGGCUGCUCCUCACCACCUACUACAAGACCUCCCUGACUGCGGCCCUCGCGGUGCCCUUCGUGCCCCCGACCCUCGACACGCUGCAGCAGCUCAUCAGAUCGAACCUCGACUACGGGAUGAUCGACGCCAAGGGCUCCGAGUACCAGCUGUUCUCCACCUCCACCGUGCCGCUCUACAAGAAGAUGUUCCAGGAGAUGUCGUUCCUGUCGUCCGAGGAGAGCAUGGCCAUGGUGCAGAAGGGGAAGUACGCCUACAUCUACUUCAAAAGCAACCUGAACAUCAUCGUGGGCACCCAGUACACCAACGCCAACGGGGAGACGGACCUGCACGUGGCGGCCGAGGAGUUCUUCCCCGGGGGCUACGCGUGGUCGUUCCCGAAGGGCGCCCCCUACAGGAAAACUUUCGAUGGCGUGAUGGCGCACUGUCUGCAGGCGGGACUCAUAGACAAGUGGCUGAAGGACCUCUACUCCAUAUACCUGAAGGAGCUGCAAGACAAGAAAACGCCACAGGAGAAGAAAAAAGAGAAGGUCGAGGCGGCGGCGAAGCAGAGCGACGGCACGGUGGUGCUGAGCCUAAACCACCUUCAGGGAGCCUUCCUCACCCUCCUCCUCGGCAGCGGGUCUGGGGUGCUGCUCCUCGUACUCGAGUUUUUCCUCGGACGAGUACUGGGCAUGCUAUCUUCAGCGGCUCGGUCUGCCUCCAGCGACGCUUACAAGUCUUCGUUCAGCCAACGUGUCAUGGCCGGCACAGAGCCCCAGGGACCACCAGACUGCAAAGUGACGUCUGGGUUUGACGACAAAGGGAACUACAUGAUACGAGCGGUACUGAAAAGCAGUUAGGCAAGGGACUGACAGCUGUACGGACUUUACCUAGAAGGAAAUACCGGACUCAGCUUGCUUCAUAAGGGUGACGGUGAGAAAAAUAGUAACGCUAUUAGAAGCUACGCAUGUGACAAGGGCGGCAUACUAAGACAGGUGAUACGAGAAGGGAGCUGAAGGCCACAUACCCAUUACUUUGAGGGAAAAUAUGUUGAGCUCAAAUUCGAAGAUGAAUAACGAUGAAUAAUGUGAUAUUUCUAUCAUAAGCAAAGUAAAAUUAAAGAUAUAGGUAACGGGAAUAAAGGAUGAGAUUCAUGAGGUGUAGAACUGGACACACACACACACACACACACACACACACACACACACACACACACACACACACACACACACACACACACACACACACACACUAGCAAAAUAGUAUGACCUCAAAAGGAUACUAGUCAUGGAGGUGGCAAGGAUGGAGAAGUCGGGCUUCAGAUGAGUACAUUAGGCGCGACUCCCGGCUCUCCACCUUCCUACCUCCGUGAUACUCGCCAUGCGCUGCUGAUUCAUGAUGGGUCAUGGAGGUACAUAGGUGCGGAUGUGUUAAUUUUAUUUUAUCUCAUUAUCAUUGUAUAUCCUCAGCAUGCCUUCGUAGCGGGAAAUUUUACCAUCUGGUCGCAGAGUUUUCCUUGCACCGACAGCUUGUGAGCUGUCCCAUCCACCCGCUGGCUCCGCUCACUUAAACACGUUGACUAGCUGAAAGUGGCACACAUACACACGUGCGUGUUGUGUG